AUGAGGAUCGCCUUAAUCGCUGUUAUCGCCUCUUCUCUCGUUUGUCACGGUAAGUCGUAUAUUAGAAAUUCGUUGAUCAAUAUCAUGGGGCAAAUUUCUGCCCUUACAUCGUAGACUAACGAUUCAUUUACAACGCCUAAAAUGAUUGCUCUCUACACGAGACAGGCGUGCAACUCUCCAUGGUGGCGGACUAGUAGCAGGUUUAGUUGCAUGACAGGGAGUCUUGUCUAAACGAGCGAUAGUAAUUGCCUGGCUGAGCUUCUGUCUCUGCGUUAUUUGAUAUUUUGUGCCGGGUGGUUACUGGUAAAAGCGAAAGCCGUUGGAAAUGAUAGAAAAUUCCAUCAUGGGGUUUUCAUAGCCGCACCAAAAUUUAACCGGAAACCACCGUACGUUCGAAACGGAUGUCUGUUUCUUUACAAAUAGCUGCAUUACCCAAACCAGUCCCCGAAGAACAGAUAUUUGCAAGAUAAUAUUUUACAAUAUUUGUAAGGACAGCAAAUAGUGUAUCAAGCUUUUCCUUCCUACCCGAGAUAUAGAGCAUCAUUAGGUGAGUUAGGACAGUUAGAUGUUUCUUUCAUUUGAGAGAGGAGCUCUCGUUUGUACCACAUUGACUUUAAAAAUAAGACAAAAGGUAUAAAACUCAAAUGUCCAUCGGUGAGCUGCCAUCUUUCAAAUUGCUCUGUAUUCAAAUUUAACUCGAGGUCAUUUUUUAGAAACCCGAGCCGUUGUGUUACAAGUGCGGUUUGCGUUUUUCGCAGUUGUCUUUGAAACUGUUAGUGCUCUGAGGGAUUCAUUGUUUAAUUUUAAAGGUUGUUGUUGAUGAGACAAUUUUUGUAAACAGAACCUUUUUCAUCGAAGAUGGUCACACGGCAGAAACUUUCGGUGCUUCACCCAGAUCACGUGUGGAGAAUCACGCCAUGAAAUCUGAGAAGUUUCGAACCGUCAUUUGAAGGAUAUCACAGAUAAUCCUACGCCGUAUUUCGUAUUGCACAAUGUUUCAAAAGCAUUUUAAGCUGUAAACAACAAAAUCCUCGUACCAUGUUCUUUCAAAUUGAAGAGACUAAAUAAUAACAAUUACAAAGAAAGGACAAUAUCCUGACUCAACAUUCAUCGAAAAACCACAUUAACCCGAAACUAUAACAUCCGACCGCAAAAGAACGAGACGAAGCUACAUUCUGAAAAUAAUUGUAAUAGUGCACGAUACAUUAUCCAUCUGAUAAAAACAAGGUGAUUUACUAAAUAUUCAACUUCAAACGUUUAGUUUUGUAACUGUAAAUGCAGUUUUACAUUGCCGACGGCUUUAUGUUAUACCAAAUGUUCUUUGCGCUUCAAUGAUCUUCUCUUAUAAAGAAACUUUUCGUUCUUCCUCUGUGGUCUCGCAAUUAAUGUUUGAGAGACCAUGUCGUCGAAAAUUGACUUAUAUCGCGUGUUUGAAACAGAUUUGGUUUAAGGAUUAGGUCACGCAACUCAAGAAAUGAGCUAUGUCUUAGCAAUUUGCAAACAUACAUCAAGGGUUAUGACGGCCUGAAAUUGUUUCAAAUCCUAAAAUAAACACAGAAAAGCCAGAAGGAAUUGAAUUUAUAUGGACAAUAGCAUUCGGAAAGGAGAGCAGCUUUCAGGCAAACUCCAAACACCAGUCAACCGUACUUUUCUUGAAGAGUUUCUCGCAGUUUCAAUCAAUAGGGCAUCAAAAGAAAUUAUUCCAAAAUUAUGAUUGUAUCCAAAGUUAUAAGUUGCUCUGUUGUUGCUAUUAAACAACUUCUCUGAGGUAAAUUUUGAAUUGAAAGCUUUGAUUAAUCAACGAAACUAACUAACCUAGACUAAGUUUUUAGAAAAACUGUGGUGCUGCGUCGGUGGGAGAGUAUAAUCAGUUGAUGACAUAAAUUGGCCACUGUUAAGAGUUUCAAAGAUGACGUUUGGAGAUGACGCUCGAAACUCUGAACGGUGGCCAAUUUACGUUAUCAACUCAGUUGAUGUUGCCAACCCAACUAACCUGGAGUGCCGUGAUUAGGUCCCUUAGUUUUGAUCGUCAAUCAGCGGAGCGUUUGAAGACGGAAAGCUCGAUCUUUUGUUUAGCUCAGUUGGAUAUAGGCACUCCUAAUGAAACUGGCUUUUCAAGCAAUUUAUUUAAGUUGUUAAAUGCAAGCAAAAAGCCUUUUUUCUUUUUGGCACGGAUCAGUUAAGUGAAAUGGUUUGUUCUUGACAUAUUUGUUUUAUUUCCUUUCAUUUGCAUUCAGCUUUCAUUUGCUUUGUCUCGUUUCAUUAGCUUUCAAGGUAAAACGGGCCAGAUGUUGGGUAAAUUAUGAAAUAGUCAGUAUGAAUCUAGAUCAACAAUGAAUGGUUCAAUAAUUAGAAAUAGGUCAUGGGCGUCGUUAGGUUUGUUUUCCCAAGGGGCUCGAGUUACGAAUUUCUGCGCGCUUUGCAUGAGCUGGUUUAUACUGCUGCUCCUGUUCUUCUCUGUGUAUCAGCGGGCACUACGAGAAAGACCAGCAUAUGAAAUAUUUAGCUUUGGAAAAGAUUUACGCCAUUUAGAUUUCCAGUUGUCCGUUAUCACCUUGAAGGGGGCGGGUGCGGGGGGGAGUGGGGGCACCAGCACCCCAGGGUUUCCAGCGGGUUACGCCCUUGUGGGUCCUAUUGAAGUCAACGUUAACACUUCUACAUCUCUCCGUUACUUCGCGCGCUUGAUUGGUUAAUCCAGCGGAUAGUUUUCUACUGCACAGCCCGCUAAAAUUUAAGGUCCUAUCUAUUGCAAAUGGGGCUUUCAAAAGCAUGUAAACCUUUCUUUCCUUGUGAUUUAUUUGCAGUUUUUUCGAUUACAUGUUAUCAAUGUGUUCCCGAGAUGACCGCCAGUUGUAGUUCAUUUAACACUGAACAGUGCAUCCACCACCAAAUUAAGCGGACCUGUCCCAAGGGAAUGGAUUCUUGUAUGCGGACACAUGUUAGUGGGAUUUUUAACGGUGCGACGAUUGACGUAGAAAAAAGAUCCUGUGCGAGUACCUCCACUUGUGGAAGUUUGAAGACCUCGUGUGACCGGGAUCAAAUGAACUUUACGGAUGUAAAGUGUGAUUGGUCAUGUUGUCGCAGUGACCUGUGCAAUGUAGGCCAUGACGUGGGUUACAGCCCUAUUCUGCUUCUCGUGGUUGCCUUUUUGACUGUUUUCCUUUGA